CAUAUUGAUAUCACAUGCCCAUCAAACAAGUCUUCCUCCAUGCCUCCACUCCAAGUCUUGUAGCGAAUAUAUACACACACAUAUAUAUAAAGAGGGUGUUAUAUAUAACUCUGAUCUGGUGGCAUCGUUACUCCACUGAUACAAAGUAUGAGGAAGAGGGAGAGAGAGAACCCUUGUGGGGUUUGUGGGCACUAUCACAAGUACGAGGAAGGGGAGGUUUGUGGGAUCUGUGGCCAUCGGAUUCCCGAUUCUUCCGAGAAAUCAUCGAUCCAAGUGAGCGCUUUUCCGUCCGAGAUCUUGCCGGAAUUUGUUUAUUUGGGCAGUUACGACAACGCUUCUCGCUCCGAGCUUCUCAAGACUCAGGGAAUCUCUCGUAUUCUAAAUACCGUACCUGCUUGCCAAAAUCUCUACAAGAAUUCCUUCACCUAUCACUGCCUUAAAGAUGAAAAGACUUUACAAUUUGAGGAUGCAAACCAGUUUUUAGAGCAAUGUGAAAGGGAUAAGGCUCGUGUUCUAGUGCACUGUAUGUCUGGAAGAAAUAGGUCGCCAGCUGUUGUAAUAGCAUACUUGAUGAAAUCUAGAGGAUGGCGGCUCGCUCAGAGUUAUCAGUGGGUAAAAGAGCGGAGGCCGCCUGUUCAGUUAAGUCAAGCUGUCUACGAGCAAUUGCAGGAGUAUGAGCUGAAGAUUUUUGGAUCAGUCGAUAGUAGCAACCCCACUCCGCCAAUUUUCCUGCCUACAGCUGCACCUUUAUUCAACAUAGGCUUCCCAAAGAUUAACGAUCCGGUUCCCGUCCCUACUUUCAACACUGUCAGUGCUCCUUCCAUUUUUGAGCGCUCUGCGAUAAAUAUUCCGCCGCAUGAGUUCACGUUUCAAGCGAUACCGACUCAGAAAGAUAUCUCGGGAAGCCCUCUUAAUGCCAAUCCACCAAGUUCAAAUGCUAGUGACAUUCAAAUGGAUAGUUCUUGAUUUGGCUAGUCUUUUGAUACUUUUCAGUCUUCCCAUUUUAAAGGAUGGUCAGAAGUUUAAAAAUCCUGACUUGGAUGUUUGAAUGUAAAGUGGGAGUGGUUGCUCAAACCUUUUGGUUUGUAAGGUUUGGUGCGAUAGAAAGCCAUGGGAGCCUUCUCUCAUUGUCGUUUUAUUACAAGUGCAACUAUUUUUUAUUGACUCGUGCGCUUAUACAAAGUAAUAUCCACUAAAAUAUCUCUUAGUUCAUUUUAUCUGCUA